CAGCUGUGGCCGGUGAACUUGAAUAAAUUGUAAAGGGAUAAACAAACACACGAACGCGUAAAUUUCUAAAGUGCGAAUAAAUAAAUUAUAAAGUUUUGUGAAAAUAAAAGUGUUUUAUUAAUUCGAAAAUUAAUAGCCGCCAAAAAAGCUUGGGGGCCCAACACUUUGGUGACCCCGACGUGAUAUUCGUGUGUUCUACUUGUGUAAAAUAGAAAUUAUUAUUCAAUAUAAUAAUAUUUGUUAACCCUUCGAGAAUAUCGUGUUACGGUAGUUAAUUAUUGUCGCGUAGUCGUUUCUAAUACCUACCCAAUAAAUAAAACCAUUUGUUAACUUUGUGCGGGACUUGUAAAACAAAGCAGUUAAAACCGCAACCAUAUUUACGGCUAAAAAUUAACUUGCACCGUUUUCUAUUUACUAACUUUUUCAACGGUUUCCGUGUACAUAGAACCGUGCCUAUAAAUUCGUGCGCUAUCGAUAUAACCGGUCAGUUAAUUUUAAAAGUCCAACGUUCAACAUGUCGCUCAGUCCAGGUAAUGGUACCUUCAUUAGAGGCAAUUCACCACAUACUGUACCAUCGAGUGGGCAACCGUCUUCAGAUCGCGUGUCGUAUUUAAAGCUGAAAACAAUGUCAGUCUUUAAUCGACUUGAGCAUACAGCAGCAGAGAUGAACACCGAAAUGCUACAAGGCAUGGAUGAGUACGGUUUGGCAGCAAUCAUGGAAUCAGUGGGAGAUUUGAAAGCAACAUUCACCGCCGCUCACACCAGUUUGGAGGAAAUGGAAUUUGAGUCUAUUGCUAGUGACCUGCCCUGCAAGUUCGAUGCUACAAUGUUCACCUCCGUCAUUGACAACGAUGGCGACCUAACGCAAAGCGAUAAGCUGCAAUACCUGCGUUCCGGCUUGAGUGGUGCUGCUUUGGAUACUAUCCAAUCUCUGGAGAUAAGUGAAACUAAUUAUAAAAAUGCAUUAGAUUUACUCAAAAAACGUUUUGAUAACAAGCGAAUUAUAUUUCAGGCACACAUCAGACAGAUCUUUGGGCUGGACAGGGCAGAUGCAUCCGCAAGCAAGUGGCGGAAGUUGACGGACAAGGUUACAUCACAUAUACGCGCGUUGCAGUCGCUUGGGUCACAAGAACAAAUCUCUGACUGCAUCAUAGUUGAACUAUUAAUCCAGAAGUUGGACAAGGCUACUCAAUCCAAGUGGGAAGAAAAUUCAUCUAGCAACGAACUGCCGUCGUGGGAUCAGUUAGCUGCAUUUUUGGAAAAGCGGUGUCGUACCCUCGAAAAUGUGGAGCAUGCCAUACAAACCCAAACGGAUCAAGUUGACAGAAACGGUAAAACUGUAAGUACAAAUAAAAGAAAAUCAUUUGUCGUUUCGAAUGCCUCAGUAGGUGGUUGCGCGUUUUGUCGGUGCCCUGAUCAUAGAAUUUACCACUGUCAGCUAUUCUCCACUCUUUCUCCAAACCUUCGCCAAAAAAAAGCCAAGAAGCUCUCGCUUUGCCUUAACUGUCUAAAGGGUGGCCAUCAGAUGAGGGAUUGCAAAUCUGGAUCCUGUAGAGCUUGUCAACUGAAACACCAUACGCUUUUGCAUUUUGACCGCACAUCUUCUGCUUCAACUUCUAUAUCAGGCUCAGUCACGCAACCACCCACAUUGAAAUCAAACACCAUAGCUGCAACAUCAUCUGUCCCAUCUGAUGCUGUGCUUCUAGCCACUGCAGUAAUUUUUGUCAAAAAUCGUGCUGGUACCUUCAUGACAUGUCGGGCGCUUUUGGAUUCGGGACCAAAUAUUAGGCUGCAGUUUCGGGCAUCGGGGAUGCCAACCUGUCAACUGAAGGCUAUUCGGUCAAUGUUGUACUGAAGACGCGG